AUGAAAAUUUCCUUCAGCAAAAGGACCGCUUUCAAUCGACACACAACCAACUAUCGUGCCUGGCGUGAGCAGAUGACUGUGUGUGACCUACUCGAAAACUACGAUCCGGCUGUGAGGCCCUCAGGACGAUCCCCACUACAAGAUCAGAAAGGCCCAGUAAUUGUGACGACAAGCCUCAUUAUAGCGUCCAUCAGUGCAGUAAGCGAACGCAAUAUGGAAUUCGUUGCCCAAUUCCGGCUCCGGCAAGAGUGGUUUGAUGACCGGUUGAGAUUCUCGGAACAAGGCGAAUUCCGUAAAAUGGACUAUAUCCAUGUGGCACGAGAUCAGUCGCUGUGGACGCCAGAUACAUUCUUCCAAAACGAACGCAACGGAUGGUACCAUAUGCUUGACCACGAGAAUAAAUUUAUGAAGAUCAGAUCCGACGGCAAAGUGAUCUACAGUAGACGGUUAACCUUAAUUCUCGCCUGUAAUAUGAACCUAGUUCGAUACCCAAUGGACGUCCAAGAAUGCCUUAUCGAUUUCGCGAGUUAUGCUUACACGACCAGUGAUAUUAUCUACAAAUGGCACCUUAUCGGAAUCACUAUCGAAGAAGGUGCCAACGGAGCCCUACCUAAUUUUGAGAUAAGCUCCUAUAAAAAUUCCACUUGCGAUAGUGUUACGAAUACAGGAACUUAUAGCUGUAUGCGAGUUAAGCUGAAACUGAGUCGAGUGUUCUCGUUCUUUCUGCUACAACUCUACAUUCCAUCGUCGAUGCUGGUCGCUGUCUCAUGGGUAUCCUAUUGGAUCGACUGGAAAAGCACCGCGGCACGAGUGCCUUUGGCUAUUGUCACACUGUUGACGAUGAUCACGCAAUCGCACGGUAACUUACUGCAUUACUUACUGCAUUACUACUUGUAUUACUCUAUUAUAGCAUUAUUACUUGUACUACUGUAUUACAGUAUUAUUACUUGCUGUUACUGUAAUAUGGUGGUAGUGUAG